AUGACGUCAGCCUAUAUACAGUUGUGUGGUCGCGGCACAUAAGCAAACGCAUUCCUGUACCGUAUCCCUGAAAGCUUUUCAGCAAAUGCAUUCAAGCGACUACAGAAGCUUCUCUCAGCAAUAAGCCACCCAUCUGCCAUCAACAAGUUAAGACAGAAAAAGCCAUAGCUGUGUAAAACAUUUCCAUUUGAACAGCUGUACAGUACAAAAAAAAAAAAAAAGAGGAGAGAACUCCAGCUCAGUACCGAUUCAGGAAUUUACAGACCUGUCACAGGAAAUCAAGGAAAUGAAUUCAAAAGGAGUAUUUGAGAAGAGGGAUGUGAAGUAAAUAUCCAAGGACAGUAGAAGAAAGUAAAUUAUUCAAAGGUUGUCAACAUUAGAGCUUUUCACAGACUCACUGUGUUGAGUCUAAAACUACGACUGAAUGCAACCUCCAACGUACUCAAAAGAAUGGGCUUACAUUUCAAGUGGCCAUUAGGGGCUCCUAUGCUGGCAGCAGUAUAUGCAAUGAGUAUUGUUUUUAAAAUGCUGCCUGCCUUGGGCACGGCUUGUCCGCCAAAAUGCCGUUGUGAGAAGCUGCUCUUUUACUGUGACUCUCAGGGGUUUCACUCAGUGCCAAACACCACUGACAAGGGCUGUCUAGGUUUGUCAUUGAGGCACAAUUUUAUUAUGGAACUUGAAGGGGAUCAGUUUGCAAGCUUCAGUCAACUCACUUGGCUUCAUUUAGACCAUAAUCAAAUUGAUACAAUAAGAGAAGAUGGUUUUCAAGGACUCUAUAAACUCAAGGAAUUAAUUUUAAAUUCAAACAAAAUAUCUUAUUUGCCAAACACAACUUUUAGCCAACUGAUUAACCUGCAACAUUUGGACCUCUCUUUCAAUCAAUUGUCUGCUUUGCAUCCUGAAUUGUUCUAUGGCCUUCGUAAACUGCAAACCUUGAGUUUACGUUCCAAUUCUCUGAGGACUAUCCCAGUCCGUCUAUUUUCAGACUGUCGUAGUUUGGAUUUUUUGGAUUUGAGCACAAAUCGCUUGCGAAGUUUGGCACGCAAUGGAUUUGCAGGAUUAAUCAAACUGAGGGAGCUUCACCUAGAGCACAACCAGCUGACAAAGAUUAACUUUGCUCAUUUCCUACGGCUAAGCAAUCUGCACAUGCUCUUCUUGCAGGGGAAUAAAAUUAGCAACUUAACAUGCGGGAUGGAAUGGACCUGGGGCACGUUAGAAAAGCUAGAUUUGUCUGGAAAUGAGAUCAAAGCCAUUGAUAUGACAGUUUUUGAAACCAUGCCUAAUCUUAAAGUACUCCUAAUGGAUAACAACAAGCUAACCACUCUGGAGUCCAAGGUUUUAUACUCACUUACAACCCUAACUACAGUGGGCCUCUCCAGCAAUCCCUGGGAAUGCAGUCCCAAAAUAUGUGCAUUAGCCACAUGGCUGAGUGGCUUCCAAGGUCGGUGGGAGCACUCCAUACUUUGUCAUAGCCCAAACCACACCCAGGGAGAGGAUAUUCUAGAUGCAGUUUAUGGUUUUCAGCUUUGCUGGAAUUUAUCAACUGUUCUUACAUCCAUUGCUACAAGUUACAGAGCUCCAACAACAGAAUACACAAAAAGAAUAAGCUCCUCCAAUUUCCAUGUGGGAGACAAGGAAAUUUCAACAACUACAGGCAUAGCCAUUACCACAGAAGAACAGUUGCCUGAACCAAACAAUGCCAUCUUCACCCAGCAGGUAAUUACAGGAACAAUGGCUUUAUUAUUUUCUUUCUUCUUUAUCAUUUUUGUAGUGUUCAUCUCCAGGAAGUGCUGCCCUCCCACAUUAAGAAAAAUUAGGCAGUGCUCUAUGAUACAAAGCCACAGGCAACUACGAUCUCAAACACGGCUACAUAUGUCAAACAUGUCAGACCAAGGACCAUAUAAUGAAUAUGAACCCACCCAUGAAGGACCCUUCAUCAUCAUUAAUGGUUAUGGACAAUGCAAGUGUCAGCAGCUACCAUAUAAAGAAUGUGAAGUGUAAUAUCUACAGGUAAUUAAAAAAGCAGAUAAACUUAUUUUAAAUUGCAGGGAUUCUACACAACUUUGAUUUUUACAAAUGUUGACAAAGCCUAGAUUUUUUGAGACUACUUAAAUGUUUCGAGUGAUGCAGUAUUUAAAGGGUUUUUUGUUUUUGUUUUUUUUUAAAUAGACCCAUAAUAUUUCCAGUGUUAAAGCAGCAAUGUUUGCAUCAAAUUUACACUCCUGAUGUUUGGAAAUCUAAAUAUGUUCAACCCAAAAUAUGUAAACUGCUUCAUGUUAUGUAAUUAUGUGUAAACAUUUUAUUCUCGAGCCUCCAGAUUUAAUUUAGAACAAUAGUCUGGAUGAAAAGAUGUUAGGUAUAUGUACAGGACCCAGCAAAGGGAGGACAUUUUACCAAUUGCUGCACUGUAGCUAUGAUCCCCAACAUUUCAGCUGGCUCAGUUUCCUUGGAAGUAGAGUUAACAGAAUUUUUUUUUCUUUUUUUAAAAAAUAAGCAGUUUCUCAGACUUAUGAUCUACAGUGGAAAGGUGCAGAAGAGGGAUUUCUCAGUGUACUGAAGCAUGAAAGAUUAAGUAUUAUUUUCCUAACUCCAUAUUGAGAAUUCAGCUUAUCUAAGUGUGUUCCAGAUUCAGAAUAUAGCUGUUGACACUUGUGAAUAAACCAGGAUUACGCUCACUGCUUUGAAAUAUCAGCCUUCUACAGUCACUCAGUAGAAUGCAGUCUGGUCUUGAAGAUAUUAAAUACACUUCAACUUUUAUUAGAUUUGUCUUGACUUUAACAUGACAUUUCAGACAAAACACUUCUUUCAAGUAAAAAUCAAAUAUUGAGGUUAAAGGGGAAAACAGGAGUCUUGGCACAGAGGACUCCUUCCUAUUCUCCUCAACUGUUCAUUUAAGACCACAAAACUAAUGUUAUGUGCUAACUAUUGGUUUCUCUGGAGACCAAAUUAGUCCUUACAGUACAAGCAUUCAGACACCACUGUGAAAUCCCAAUCGUGGAAGAUUUAUACUCUAUCCAAGUGAGUCCCAUUGAUUUCAAUAAGAAUUUUAGUUAAAAUAUGUUGGAGACCGCACCCUAGAAAGAGUAAUAUUUUAAAGCUUCAGAGUAGGAUAUUGGAGUUGGUUUAAAUAAAUAAGAACAGCUUUAGGGGAACCGCUAUUUUACUUGGCAGAGAAUUUGGGGAAAUGCUAUUUUACUUAAGAACUAUCAUUUAAAGGUGGUACACUAUUACUCUGAAAAAGUCAUUCCUGGAUAAAAGCAAAUUACUGCCUCCAGACUGUGUUUUGGAAUUAUAUUUAAACGAUGUAGAUGCACAGUAAUAUCUAAGAUCAAGGAUAGUAUUUAAUACAACUGUUUAAAAGUCAUGAACACAUAACCAAAGCUAUGAAAAUUAGGGAGAAAAUGUACAUAUGUAGAUCUAAAAUAUGCUGAAUUCUGCUGCAACAAACAUUUACAAUUUCAUACAGAGGGGAAGAAAACCUUGGUGCUUGAACUCCUCAAGUCAGUAUAGUGUUAAUUGUGUGCUGUACUAUGCUGCAAAGUUUCCAAGCAAAUUAUCAUUGGCUCAAAAAUUCAUUUUUAUAUGCAUAAUAUCUUAGCAAAAUACUUGGAUAAAUAACGCAAUGCUUUAAUGUAAGUAGUUUGGAGAUGUGCGAUUUUAAAGCCAAUGAGUCAAAGCCCAUGAUCCAUACGCUUCAGCUUUUCAUACCGGACACUAUUUUAACUAAAUAUGAGGGUUCCCUCCAGAAUUAUUUUUCUAUUUCUAUUAAGCCGCUGUUUAUUAUUAAGAAUGAAUCUAGAUGGAUUGAUAUCCAUAGCUCUCUCAUGCAGUAAGCCAUUACUUUUAGCCAUAUACAGUAUGUUCUAUGCAUUUGGAUAAAGGGAAAUUCUCUCUGCAUUUAAACACUAUUCACCAAGGAACAUAAUUUAGUUUUAUAGUUAGCCUUAGUUACAAUGGCUUGGGUCCUUGGUUGCUCUUGCAUGAUCAGAAGGCACAUACAUUUGUGCAGGGCGGGGGAUAUUUUCACCAAUCCCUCUUUCCUGCUGCAUUCCUAUGCCACAUAGCAUCCUGUCAGAAGGUCCCCCAACCCUCAGGCAUAGAUUUUCAGGAUGGGGGCAUGGGGCUGCUGAUGGAAGGAGAGGCAGGGGCACCCCAUCCCAACUGAUCCUUGUCCAGAAACAGAUGUUAGGAUACAAGCCCACAAACACAGGCUACCUCUGGUAGCCUAUUCAGUGUAGUCAAGAUCAAUAUUCCUCAUACUAAAUUCUUGUGAAUAUCUGUGCUUUAACCUUAGCACACAUUUCAUGUUUUAAUGAGAAGCAAUUGUGAUUAACUCUGCAAGCGUAUGUAUAUGCAAGUGGACAGAGGUGCACACACAUUACAAGUUACUACAGAACAGGAUUCAACCCUUAAAGCAACUCUUCCCUCCCUUCAAUGGGUAGUGAACAGGCUUUGCCUUUGGGUCUAUGAAUUCCCACUGUAUUGAGUGACAACUUUUGCACUCUACAGGAUUUAGUGUAAAAUGGAAAAAACCUAAUUCCAAUUUAGUCUUUCUCCCAGAGCCAUUUACAUAAGAGUAGCAGCUCAAAUUUACAGAUCUUGUGGGAUAUUCCCAGAUGAAUAUGGCUCAAUAUUCUCUUGUCAGUUUGUCAUCUAGAAGACAAGUGGGAACCAACACAACUGAUUCUGAGCAAGCAUUUGCAGCUGUGUACAGCAAGCACUCCAUGUAUGUCACUGGGCAUUAUGGCUGUACACAAAUCAAUAUUUGUGCACUGAUUCAAAGCACAGAUUGGGCACCUUUAAAAAUGAGGAGCAGGUCUGUACCUGCACCUCUGCCACUUCAUGCAUUUUCCUGCUGCGGCGGCACCCCCCCCACUUGCACCCCAUACGUGGUGGCAUGCACAUGGCUUCCGUAAACGACAGUGGUCAUUUGCCACAUGAGGGGUGCUGGGGGGCAUGCCACCACCGCAGCAGGAAGCUGCAUGAAGUGGCAGAGGAGCAAGUAUGGACCUGCUGUCCUCACUUUUAAAGGUGCUUCGAAUCAGUGCAUGAAUCUUGAUUCGUGCACAUUCCUAUUGGGCAUCUCUGGCCAUAGAUAUGGGGUGAAAUGUUUGCCAGAAAAUUUUUCUCCCCUCCCCCCCCCGAGAAGUUUUAGAAAUGCAAAAUUUUAACUUGGCUUCUUGGGAAAAAAAAUUUGAGAUAUGAGGGGAAAUUAAUAUGGUGUGGUUUUUUACAUUGUACAAGUAGGUCAGACAUGCCCAAUAUGAUCACAAUCUGUUUAGGACAUUAGGAACGUUUAUAUAGUAAAUUUUGAGAAUAAUGCAAUUUUAUGCAAAUGACGGGGAAACUUGCAUGGAAAAGUUUUCUAAUUCAAAUUUUCUGGAAAAGUCACAUCUUUUCUCUGGCAUACUAUAGUUUGCCAUCUGAAAUAAAGGGUUAGGCAGAUAUACACAGAUUUUUGCUAGGCUUGUUAAGCAGUGAAAGAUUUGACAUUGUCACCAACCCCUCCUGCUAUGGGUGGUUUGUCUCACUCUUGGUGGGCUUUUGCAGGAGAUGUCAGCAGUGGCAAAGCACUCCUGCCAUCACCUCUUGAAGAGUGCAUCAACAAGGGAUGUGUAUUUCAGGGGUUGUUGGCUUCUUAUAAGUAGGCAAGUGAAGGCAUGGUACUCUGAAUAUAGACAGACAUGCAUUUUAAUCUUUCCCUUCAGCAGUUCUCAGCAUGGAAAUAUAACCUAUUGUCCCUCUGCCAUAUUGGAGAACUCUGAACUGGUACCUAGAGGCACCUUGGCAAGGAUAGCCUGACACUAUUUCCAGGCUCAUGCAAGCUAAAAAUGCAUAAUAUGUUACUCUUACACAAAUAAAGUACACUAUAGUAAUGCAACAGACAUGCCCAUUUCACAUUUGGCUACUUUAACAAAAAAAUAAAAAUAAAAAUGUAGGCAUGUCAGUAUGAAUAUUUCAUUACUCAAACUACAGGCCGAGUCUUUCACCAACAAUGAGCUGCACAUAGGAAGCCCACUUGUAGUUGUUUUUGCAACAUGUCAAGAUUAUAUUUCCCUUCAUUUGCGUCUCCUAAAGAGGGUAUUUUCUUGUUUGGCAAUUUAACAGCUGUUUAAGUUGCAUUCAAUCCAGUAUUGCAGAGGACAACAGAAGGAGAACUAUGCGGGCCAGUUCAAACAUGCAUGUUUAGCAUCAAGUCAGGACAUGUGUGUGAACAGCCAUCUAGUUAGGAUGUUCAUAUCAUCCAACAGCAAUUCAAAUAUACUUUUCAAUACAGAAGUUCAUGCACUGACAGACAUCACACGUUGAUUAAUAAAGGGGUGAGAGAGCAAGUGAUAGCAUGCAAGUAUGAAAAACCAACCACAAGAUGAUGCAGAACUCACAGCAUCAUAGAACUGUACUUCAUGUCCCUCCAUCCAUCCCUUUUCCCAAGUACAGUGUGUUAUUUUCACUGGCCCAUAGUUCCUACCUACACUAGAAUCAGGCUCUUGUUUUCACUGGGUGGUUCCUAAUAGAAUGAAUUUUGCUACCACAUUUUCUACACAUUUUAAGGUUUCUCUUAUACAGCUUCCAGAGAAAUAAUCAAGUGAAACCAUAUUUUAUUCACAGAACUGCCCAAAAAAUCCCUAAGCAAAUGAGUUACGGCUACUAUUUCCAAAGCUAAGGUCCCUGUAAGCAAGUUUCAGAUUUAGACCUUGCAGUUGCAUGUGGGAAGAGCAAGUUUAGGAGCUUAAUCAUGUUCCAAGCACCAUAAUCCUUUGCACUCCAAAAGUCGACACAUGGAGCUUAUUUUGAAAUAAUCUUACUUUAGCAGCAGAAUUGGAUGCUUUGGGAUCACAUUUUUCAUUUUGCAAUCACCAUGGUUUAGGGGGCAGAAGUGUUCUAGAAGAGUGUAAAAGUUUAGGUGAGACUUCAUUAUCCAACAAUGCAAAUCAUGCCACUGAACAGGAACAAAAUGGUAGCUACACCCAUAGUAUAAAUGUUUCAAAAUCUUUAUCUGCUAUACUUCCAGUUCAAAUCUUCUGUGAUUACUAGAACAUAUUUUCUGGAGUUCUUACAACAAAUUCCAAGAACAAAUAUUAACAGACAUUCCAAAUUACUUAUGUUAAUAAUGUUCUAAGAUGCAUUUUCUGGUGGAGGAAAAAGAUUCAUAAUGCAGUGAGUGCAGUGUACAAAAUUACAUUAAAAAACUGUGUAUACUGUAAUAGAA